GUGACAGAUUGGUUGGCACAUUCAUUUGAUGACUUCUUUGGAAACACAAAUAUUUCUUCUAGUGCCAUUCCUGUGAAGCCACUAGAAGGCAACUCUGGAAGAAAUCGACAGCAGAAGAGGAGGAAGGACCUGUCUUCUGUGCAAGAAAGUAGCAAAACCAAAGUUCUGCUCAGAAAAGGAGCAAAGUCGUCGCCAGUAGAUCUGCCCUGUAACAAGUCGAGACAAAACUGGAGCCAGUCUCAAGAUGAGCCAUGGGUAGAUAGAUACAGACCUGAAAAUCAGAAUGACCUUGCUGUGCAAAAGAAGAAAAUUGAAGAAGUUGAAACCUGGUUAAAAAUGCACAUAUUUCAGAGGCAGCCAAAGCAGGGUGGCUCUCUUUUACUGCUGACUGGUCCUCCUGGUUGUGGAAAGACUGCAACUCUACAAAUAUUAGCAAAAGAUCUUGGCAUUCAGGUGCAAGAAUGGAUCAAUCCAGUAUCUUUAGACUUUACAAAAGAUGACUUAAAAAAUAUGUUUGGCCAUGACUCAAAUUUUCAUACAUUGCCGAGUCAGGCCCAAGCAGCUCUCUUUCAAGAUUUUCUGUUAAGAGCAAAUAAGUAUGCCAAACUUCAGAUGCUUGGGGAAUCCUCAGAAAGUGAUAAAAAGCUUAUUCUUAUUGAAGAUGUACCUAACCAGUUCUAUCGAGACCCUAGCAGUCUACAUGAAAUUCUCAGGAGAUUUGUUCGCACAAGUCGAUGUCCCCUUGUAUUUAUAAUCUCAGAUAACUUCAGUGGAGACAGCAACCAGAGAUUACUGUUCCCAAAGGAAAUUCUAGAGGAGCUGUGUAUAUCCAGUAUUAGUUUCAAGCCUGUUGCACCAACAAAUAUGAUGAAAGUUCUUAACCGAAUAGCUGCAACAGAGGCUGGUAUGAACAGAGAAAAGAUUUAUGCUCUUGAUAGAACUUCUUUGGAGGUGCUUUGCAGAGGUUGUUCAGGUGAUAUAAGAAGUGCAAUAAACAGUCUUCAGUUUUCUUCUAUGAAAGAUUGCUCUUUGGAGAAGGAAUUUUGGUCAAGGAAGAAAAAGAGCUCUACACUAAAAUGUGAAGCAGCAGCAGUAUCUAAAGUAAGAAAGAAAAGUAAAUCUGAUACUUCAGAAGACCAGGAGAUACAAGCUAUUGGUGGCAAAGAUGCUUCCAUCUUUCUUUUCCAUGCUCUGGGGAAAAUAAUUUACUGCAAAAGAGAACCAGUGCCAGAAUCGGAACAUCCCCAGCUGCCUGCUCACUUGUCAGAAUACCGUCGAGACACCUUGCUUAUUCAGCCUGAGGAUAUCGUGGAAAAAUCGCAUAUGUCUGGAAGCAUAUUUAAUUUGUACCUUCACCAGAACUAUGUAGACUUUUUCUCUGAUAUAGAUGAUGUGGUGAGAGCUAGUGAAUAUUUGAGCACUGCUGAUGUCCUUUGUAGCAACUGGAGUACACGGUUUGAAAUGGAAAAAUACAGUGCAUCUGUGGCUACCCGAGGCGUGAUACAUUCAAAUACGUCCAGAGCCUUUGCUCACCACCAAGGAGGGCUGGGGUUCCGGCCUUUACAUAAACCCCAGUGGUUCUUUAUCAGUAAAAAGUAUCAGGAAAAUUGCCUUGCUGCAAAAUGUCUCUUUUCAAGCUUCUGUUUGGCACCUGAGUGUCUUCAGACAGAGCUAUUGCCUUAUCUUGCUAUGUUAGCAAAUCCCCUGAGAAAUCAAGCUCAGAUUUCUUUUAUCCAAGAUGUUGGGAGGCUACCACUGAAAAGACAUUUUGGGAGGUUAAAGCUUGAAACGCUUACUGAUAAAGACCCUGGGAUACCAGACUUAUUUGUUAGCUCUGAGGAGGACGGUGCUGAUGUGCAUGAUGUGGAGACGGCUGCACAGAUGGAGAAAAACGCAACAAAUGAGAACGAAUCGGAUGGAUUCCCUCUCUCUUCUAGCCAGUGCAGUGGAGGUGAACUGCCUUGCAGUCAGCCUCAGCCUGUUGCAGUGCAAGCAAGCAUGGAGGAAGAUGAAUUGAAAAUAGAAGAGUUUGACAGCGACUGA